AUGGUUGUUCAUAAUCCAAAUAACUGGCAUUGGGUUGAUAAAAAUUGUUUACCAUGGACAAAAGAUUAUUUUGAAACAGAAAUCAAAAACACAAAUUUCAAAAAUGACGACUACGAGUUUAUAAUAUCAAAUAUAGAUUCCAUAACAGGAGAUUGUGACGUAACUCAAAGAAAAGGAAAAGUUUUAUGUAUAUAUGAUAUGAGAUUACAACUUAAAAUCAGUGGGACAACAAAAGAUGAUAAAACCGUAAGUGGAACUAUAACAGUACCUGAAUUUAUACAUGAUCAAGAUGAAGAUGAAUAUGUGUUUGAAAUAAAUUCAGAUGAUCUAAUACCAGAGAUAAAGAAACAUUUAAUACCUGUACUAAAAGUAAAGUUAAUGAAGUUUCAAAAUGAUUUGAUUAGUGCUCACGCUCAAGAUGUACAACAUGGUUCAGCUACAAAUUCAACUACAAAUUAG